AUGUCCAACAAGGCUCUUGUCUUCAAGGCUAUCCCCAAGGGAUACCCCGUCCCCGGGGAGCACCUGACCAUCGAACAGGCUGCCUAUGAUGCUAACGUGGAGACUCCCGCCGACGGUGUCGUUCUGCGCUCCCUUUACACCAGCUUCGACCCCUACAUGCGCGGUCGUAUGCGCCCUGUAGAGGUCAAGUCUUACGCCCCUGCCUUCGAGCUCAACAAGCCCAUCGAGAGUGCCAGCAUCUGCAAGGUCCUCCGCUCCAACUCCGCGAACUACAAGGAGGGUGACCUCGUCAUUGGUCAUGUUGGCAUCCAGGAGGUUAUCGCCCUCGAUGCCCCCAACCUCGUCCGCAUCAGCAAGCUCGAGAAUCCUCUCGGCCUUGAGGAUAUUCGUGUCUUCUUGGGCGCUCUGGGCAUGCCCGGCCUGACUGCCUACUCGUCCCUGUACGAGAUCGGCAAGCCCAAGAAGGGCGAGACCAUCUUCGUUUCCGCUGCUAGCGGUGCCGUCGGGCAGCUCGUCGGGCAGCUCGCCAAGCACGAGGGCCUGAAGGUCAUUGGAUCCGUCGGCUCCGAUGACAAGCUCGAGUACAUCACCAAGACUCUUGGCUUUGACGGUGGCUUCAACUACAAGACCGAAAAGCCCGCCGAUGCGCUGGCCCGCCUCGCCCCCCAGGGUAUCGACAUUUACUAUGAGAACGUCGGUGGCGAGCACCUCGAGGCUGCGCUGGAUGCGAUGAACAACUUCGGCCGUGUCGUCGUUUGCGGCAUGAUCUCUCAGUACAACUCUGCCCCCUACCCCAUCACCAACAUCGCUCAGGUUCUCGUCAAGCGCAUCACUAUGCGCGGCUUCAUCGUCAUGGACAAGGGUAUGGGUGAUGUUUACACCAAGGAGCACCAGGAGAACGUGCAGAAGUGGAUCAAGGAUGGUACCUUCAAGACUCUCAUCCACGAGACCGAGGGCAUUGACAACGCCGCCGAGGGUCUUGUUGGAAUCUUCUACGGCAAGAACAUGGGCAAGGCUGUUCUCAAAUUCUAA